AAUGAAAUAAUUUCAAUGUACUAGUCAUAAACAAGAUAUUGUUUAUUAUUGUAAUGAUCAACAUUGUGAGAAUAGAUGUUUAUGCGCUUAAUGUGAACAUGAACAUGAUAAAACGACAAUUAAGAAUAUAUUAGAAGGUUUUAAUAUAAAAGAACUGGUCUAAUGCUUCUAAAGUUUUAAAUAAAUCAUAAAUGAUCUAAUGACAAAGAUGGAACAUGAAUUAAGCUAACACCUUCAAUAAAUAAAAUAACCAUAAGCAAGUGCUUAAAAUUUAGAAUAAUUUGAUAGGCAAUUGAAUGAAAUCUCAAAUAUCUAAAAUACAUUAUAAACAAAAAUAAAAAAUCGAUUGCAGCACAUAAUUAAUGCUUUGAAAGGAUAGGAUUUAGAUUAAAGUCCUAUUGGGAUAAUUGAAAUUAAAAGAAAAGAACAUUCAAAAUCAGUCAUCCUCAGUUAGGCAUAAAUAUAAUAAGAUAUCAUUAAGAAAACAAGAUAAUCAAAAAUAUUCAAAAUGAAUUUGGCUUAAUCAAAUCAAUAAGAAACUUAAUAAAUUAUUUAACAACCAAAUUUAAAUUUGGAGAGAGUUGAAGUAGCCAGAUUAUAAUAAUUAAGUACAUAAGAUUGGGCUUGGAAAAUGAGUUCAUCUACAAUAUUUUGUUGUAUAUUUUCAUCUUUAAGAGACUUAAAAAUUAUAGGAUUCUUACAGCCAUGCUUAUUUAAAAGUAGUACAAAAAAUUAUCAAAAAAAAUCUGCAGUUAUUAAUUUUGGUAUUUAUAAUAAAAAAAAUCUAACUAAAUAACCAAUACAUUAAGAAAAAUACACAUUAAGACAUAGUAAAAUGAAGAUAGUAAAUGAUUGUUAUGAACUAAUGUUAAGUAAACCAGUCUCUAUAAAGGAAUUUACAGAAUAUUCAAUAGCAAUUUGGCCAAGCAAAGUCUUGUAUUGUCAUUAUUUUAGUAUUGCUGCUCCUAUUAAUCCAUAUAUAGCAUUUCAAACUUAAGAUUUUAAUGAUAAUCCAAAAAUAAAAAGAUCAGAAGAGUUUCCAUAAGUAAUAUCAACAUUUCGUGCAGGUUUAGUUCCUUAUUUAAUAAUUGAUCCAAGAUAAUAAUGAUUAUGGC